UUUUGGCAUUUUGCGUUCUGUAAUCUGUCAUAAAUAAAUAGACGUCUAAUCAAAAUAAAAAUCGGAUCGGAAUUGUAUUGAAGGUGCAUCGAAGUGAUAUUGUUACGUGUAAUAAAGUUUUUAAUUAAAUUUAAGUAGUUAUAAUAAAAUCAUAACAUUCCUACAUAUUAUUGUAGAUAUUGUUACAUGAUUUCCUUGUUCAAAUGAACUGUGCAACAUAAUGGGCUGUCUAUCGUGCAUCCGAGGUUUCAAGAUAUCUUUUCCAUUUAAAGACAAGGAAUUAAAUAAGAUAGCAGCAUUCUUCAAUGUUUCCACCUUUCUCCUGACAUGUGCAGCUUUAGUGCAGCCAAGUUGGUUUAGAAUAAAAGGACUUCAUUGCCCACAAAGUUUAUCGCUGGCUCAAUUCUUUUCUUUUGAUGAUGAUGAUGAUGAUCAGGUUAACAUUAAUAAACCAGAUUUACCAGGAUGGCCAGCAUGUACAACCGUAGAGACAAUAACGCUGAUGAGAGUACUUAUACUGCUGUGUUUUAUGGUGCUACUAUGUUCUUGUGUUGGUACACUUAUAAACCUUACGAGCCUCAACAGUAGAGUGAUUAAAAUGCUACGAAGGAAUGCAAUACCUAGUAUAAUGUGCGUUUUCUGGGUGAUAGCUAUAGUAGGAGUGUGUUACUACACAACUGUCGUCUUGGGCAAUGCUAACAAUAGUGACCCUGAUACUAUUCAAGUUGACUACGAAUAUGGAUUCUACACAAUUACAGGAGCAGGCGCUCUAGCCUUACUAGCGUCUGCCGCUAAUCUUUGGGGCGCUCCAUUGACUAGCGACGAAGAUAUACAAAGACGAAACCUUAUGGAGGACUGGGACGGAUACGAAGCUCACAGUGUCGGCCCCACGCCAGCUGUGCCUACAUUGCCGCCUUAUACACCAAGUGCUGACUAUGUGUCUACACUCCACCCUCCCUAUGCACCCCCGGUGCUCGGCGCCCAACAAUACUUUCCCUUCGACGACCUCUCUGUACUACAACCACCACCGCCUUACACGCCUUGAAUACUAUUAUUUAAAAUAUUCUUUUUAUUUAAAACUAUAUUAGGAUUAAGGUUGUCCUAAAUGAACAUCACAGACAAGGAAUGUGCCGUCUGUCUAUAUAUACUACUUAAUAAUAUGUUUUUAUUGUUUGUCUCGAUAAUUUCGCAUAUGUGUAAUUCCUAUCAAUAUUAUUCUCAUACAAUUAUCGUUGUCCCUGAAAUAAAUACAAUCACAGUUUUUUGUGUGUCAUAUUAUAAACAUUACUAAGUACUUUUUAUUUCAUAAAUUUGUGGUCUAUCAUAGCUUUAUUCAAAACAGAAAAAUUCCAUUUGUUAUUACCUAAUUGACAGUAGAAUUGACAUAUAUAUUUUUUAAUUUAUUAAAAAAAAUCUAUUUCUCUCUUGCAAGAACAAAAUUUUUCUGUAAAAGUAGCAAUGGCCAAUUAUUAUUAUCAAUGUAGGUCUAUAUAUAGUAUAUGUAUGCAUUCUACCUAAUGUUUAUUGUAUAGCUUAUAGUUUAUACUUUGUUUUUAUUUUUAUUAUUUAAGUGUUACUAAUAGGCCUUGACACUAAUUAGUGAAUCUUGAAAUUUAUAUAAUAGCAUUAUAUGAAAGCUAAUAUUGUAAGUUAUAUUGGGUUCGCAAUAUCAACACUCAAAAAACUAGAUUUCACUAUGUGUGUGGACUUGUGGGAAAAAUCUGUAGUACAAUAACAAUAGUUGUUUAAUCUUGUUUAACGAUGUGACAAAAAUUAACGCGUAAUAACAAAAUUAAAUUAUGAUUUGGUAUAUAUGUAUAUAUUGUGGUUGUGAAUUGUUAAGACAAUUACCCUACUGUUCACUUCUACAUGUGAUUUGCCAUUUUAGUGCCUACUUAAACUUCUCAAAAUGCUUUAAGGUUUAUAUUAGAAAUUAUUUUAUAAAGCCUAAUUAGAUUUAAGAAUAUUUCCCAAGUUAUUUGCUUUAUAUGUAUAGAAUGAACAUAAUUCUUUCUAUAAACUUAUGCACAUUUUACUCACAAUGAAAUCGAUUUUAUCGAAAUCAUAUAACAAUAUAGGAAUGUUGUUUUAAAAAUGCGUCAAUCAUCGAAAGAUGAUUUUAAGAAACUAUUUCAUUUUUUUUAACUAUAGUGAUUUACUUUACCUUUUAGCAACUAAAUGAUUUCAUUAAAUUUACCCCCAAUUACUUUUUGUUUGCUAAGUGAUUAUGAGAGAAGGGAAUUGGUUUUUUCUUAUAUUAUAGAUGCUAAUAUUGUAUAUACAAAAGUAAUUUGUGAGUUAAUAUUUGCACCAAUGACAAUCUUAUAAUUGCCAUUUUAUAAAAUUGCUGCAAAUAUUACCUAUACCAUAAUUGAAGAUCGACUAAAAUGAGCUUUUAGGAUUAUAAAAUGUGAUCUGAUAACCAUAAUAUUGAAUAAAUGGAAAUGUACCUAAUGUUGUAGUCUUCAAUAUAUAAAGUGUAAUAAAAUAGUAAUGGUAGCAUCUGAAUAAUACUUCAUGUUACCAAAAAUAUAAGGAUGUUAUUAGGUUUAUUGUUUGUUAAUGUAUAGAUUACUUCUAGUAGUAAGAAUAGUUAUUCCCAGCCUCUCAACUGGGAAGUUUAUUUUUACAUUUAAAUGAGAAUAAAGUUUUAUUUUUAUGUAAGACCAAUAUGCAAUACAUAUCUAAAUAACAAAA